UGCUAGUCUUAUGACAGAGUGUGUUAUAUUUUAUGUUAUACUUUGACCCAUGAACCUUCCCCUGCACACUGGCUUCCUCCCCCUGUAUACACCCUGCUCUCCACUCCUCACUCCACAGCUCUCACUGCCAGAGGGAAGUGUGUGCUUCCGUGACUAAGAAAGACGAAGAGUGAAGGGUUUCUCGGCGUCCAUUUCCACUUUGAACUCGUAGUCAUGGAGAUCACGUUCACUGGCAAGCGCGCGCUCGUGACAGGAGCCGGAAAAGGUAUCGGGAGAGCCACAGCUCUGGCUUUAGCGCGCGGGGGAGCGGAAGUGACGGCGGUCACGCGCACGCAGGCUGACUUGGAUACGCUCGUGCACGAGUGUCCUUCUAUUAAACCUGUGUGUGUGGACUUGGCGGAUUGGGAUGCCACAGAGCGUGCGCUGAAGGACAUGGGGCCUGUUGACCUUCUGGUGAGCAACGCUGGGUGCGCCAUGCUGCAACCAUUCCUGGAGAUCACAGAGGAUAGCUUUGAUAUGUCUUUCAAUGUCAACGUGAAAGCAGCUCUUCAUGUUGCACAAAUUGUAGCCAGGGGCAUGAAAGCCAGAGGAAGUGGCGGCUCCAUCGUGAACAUCUCCAGCCAAGCUUCUCACCGUGCCUUUAAAGACCACGCCGUGUACUGUGCUACCAAAGGCGCUCUUGACAUGCUGACCAAAGUGAUGGCUCUGGAGCUGGCUCCAUACCAGAUCAGAGUAAACUCUGUAAACCCAACUGUAGUGAUGACGGACAUGGCAAAAAUAGGAUGGAGUGACCCUGUGAAGGCCAACGCCAUGAUAUCACGCAUCCCAAUGGGCAAAUUUGCUGAAGUGGAGGAUGUGGUCAAUGCCAUACUCUUUCUGCUCUGUGACAAGAGCGCCAUGACUAAUGGAGCGUUCCUGCCAAUAGAUGGAGGCUUCCUGGCCUGCUAGGUUGGUGUCAACUCUCAGGAUUGACACAGCGCGAAGGAAUAAUAUUAAGUGCAAAAGACCUGUAUAUGAAUGCCUAACAGUGCAUGUGUACUCAAGUAACUGGUAUUGUAAGCUCUUGCAAGUCUUUUUGGCCCGUGAUGAUAAAGUUGGAUCGAUAACUCA